AGAUCAAAAGAUUCAAAACCAAACAAAUUCGGUGCCCUCUUCUUCUUCUCCUCCUCCUCCCCUUUUCUUCUCUUUAAUUAUAUGUUCCUCUGUCUCACACUCUGAAUCCUGUGCUUCGCUGUUUGAUUUCUUUUCUUUUGGGUAUUCCACACUCUGUGAACUUGAUUAUAAUAUGGGGAGCAACGACAGCGAACGUGCUCUUAUUUGUCAGAUUGCCUCUUCCUCCUCAACUAAACUUCACGUUCGAGGAAGGACAUGAUUGCAGUCUUGUUUUCUAUAUUUUAUACUAUUCCUCUCUGCCCCAUUUCCUCAUUCAACAUUCAGGUCAAAACCCAGAGCAAUUUUUUGAGUGAGGUAUAGUUUAUAGGGUGGGGGAAAGGGUAUAAAGAGGAAAUACUUUGGAGUUUGAGCCUCUUUCCCCAUCUUUUGAGGGUCUUGCUUCUUCUGGGAAUCGCUAAUUUCUUUUUCUUUUCUUCUCCUGUAAUGGGGUUUCAGUGAAAUUAGGGAGGGGAUUCAGAGGAAGAGAGAAUUUGGGUGUUUUUUUGAAAUGGGGUUUCUGAAUAAUUGCUUGUCUGAGCUUAUAAUUGUGUGUGUGUGUAGAAAUUUAGUAUGAGGUGGUGAAGGCAGAGAGAAGAGGGAGGAAACUGUUGGGAUGAGUAUGAAGAUGCAGCAGAGCCACCACUCUGUGGCUGUGAGGUUUAAUGAGCAAAUAGCGAGCAAAAAGGGGGUUACAUGCAUUCAAGCCAAUAGGGCUUGGCUUCCUAAGUUUCUGCUGCUUUGGAUUCUGUUGGUGGCAUUCAUUAGUAUGUUGAUCUACAAAGGAAUGGAUGCUGAUAACAAAGUUAGAAGAGAGGAAGUUCUUGGGAGCAUGUGUGACCAAAGGGCAAGAAUGCUUCAGGAUCAAUUUAGUGUCAGUGUCAACCAUGUCCAUGCCUUGGCUAUUCUCAUUUCCACUUUCCACUACUUCAAGAACAUAUCGGCCAUCGAUCAGGAAACUUUUGCCGAGUACACAGCUAGAACUGCUUUUGAGCGGCCUUUGCUUAGAGGUGUGGCGUUUGCACAAAGAGUGGUGCAUUCUGAGCGAGAGAAAUUCGAGAAGCAACACGGGUGGACUAUAAAAACCAUGGAAAGGGAAGUUUCACCUAUAAGGGAUGAGUAUGCGCCAGUCAUAUUUUCACAGGAAACCGUUUCUUACAUUGAAUCUCUUGAUAUGAUGUCUGGAGAGGAGGACCGCGAAAACAUUUUGAGGUCGAGAGAAACAGGUAAAGCUGUUUUAACCAGCCCUUUCAGGUUACUGGGUUCUCAUCAUCUUGGAGUUGUGUUGACGAUCCCGGUUUAUAAAACCAAGCUUCCUGCAAAUCCAACUAUGGAGGAGCGAACUCGAGCAACAGCAGGUUACCUUGGUGGAGCCUUUGACGUGGAAUCACUUGUGGAAAAUUUGCUUGGGCAACUGGCUGGAAAUCAAGCCAUUUUGGUGAAUGUACACGAUAUCACAAACUAUUCCGAUCCCCUAAUAAUGUACGGUUAUCAAUAUGAAGAUGGCGACAUGUCCCUUUUGCAUGAGAGCAAACUAGAUUUUGGAGAUCCAUUUAGGAAGCACCAGAUGAUAUGCAGGUAUCAUCAGAAAGCUCCAACAUUAUGGACUGCACUCACUACUGCAUUUUUGUUCUUUGUGAUUGGAUUGUUGGUGGGAUAUAUCCUAUACGGUGCAGCGACUCAUAUCGUUAAAGUUGAGGACGAUUUUCAUGAAAUGCAAGAGCUGAAAGGUCGAGCUGAAGCUGCUGAUAUCGCAAAAUCUCAGUUUCUCGCCACCGUUUCUCACGAAAUCAGGACACCUAUGAAUGGCAUCCUUGGAAUGCUUGCCCUACUUCUUGAUACGGAGUUGAAUUCGACUCAAAGGGAUUAUGCUCAAACUGCUCAGGCCUGUGGAAAAGCACUGAUAGCGUUAAUAAAUGAGGUGCUCGACCGGGCGAAAAUUGAAGCUGGGAAGUUGGAGCUCGAAGCGGUUCCUUUUGACCUUAGAUUGAUACUAGAUGAUGUUCUGUCUUUGUUUUCUGAAAAGUCAAGGCACAAGGGAGUAGAGUUGGCAGUAUUUGUUUCUGAUAAAGUUCCUGAAGUUGUUAUGGGAGAUCCUGGAAGGUUCAGACAAGUAGUCACAAAUCUUGUGGGGAACUCAGUAAAAUUCACAGAACGAGGACAUAUAUUUGUUAAAGUUCAGUUAGCCGAACAAUCAAUGACCUCUACAAUUAUGAAAUCUGAAACUCAUGUGAACGGAAACUUAGAUGACGGUGCAUUGUACAAUAAACAUCAGUCUGAAACCUUAAGUGGGUGUGAGGCAGCUGAUAACCAGAAUAGUUGGGACACUUUUAAGCAUCUAAUUGCAAAUGAGGAAUUCCGACCGAACACUUCAAGCAAUCUCUCGGUUACGAAUGAAAGUUCUUCUGAUAUUGUUACUGUCAUGAUAUCUGUGGAAGAUACAGGAAUCGGGAUUCCGUUAUGCGCCCAAGGUCGAGUUUUCAUGCCCUUCAUGCAGGCAGAUAGCUCAACCUCCAGAAACUAUGGUGGAACUGGUAUUGGCUUAAGCAUCAGUAAGUGUUUGGUCGAACUUAUGGGCGGUCAGAUAAACUUUGUGAGCCGGCCUCAGGUUGGAAGCACAUUCUCCUUCACUGCUGUUUUUGGGAAAUGUGAGAAGAAGGCAACCGUCGACAUUAAAAAGUCUAAUUUGGAGGAACUCCCUUCUGCUUUUAAAGGAUUGAAGGCUGUCGUAAUCGAUGGUAAACCGGUUCGAGCUGCUGUGACUAAAUACCAUUUGAAGAGACUUGGCAUCCUGGUUGAAAUUUCCACUAGUGUCAAGAUGGCUGCAGCAUAUGGGGGCAAAAAUGGUUCUGUUAGAUCAAGUAAUAUAUUUCAGCCCGAUGUAGUCCUUCUCGAGAAAGAUAUCUUUUUUUCAAAUGAGGGAUGUGGUUGUUCUAAUCUACUUCAUCAGCUGGACUGGAAGCAGAAUGGUCAUACCCUCAAGUUGCCGAAACUGAUCCUUCUCGCGACCAGCAUAAGCACUGCUGAAUUCGAUAAAGCGAAGGAAGCGGGUUUUUCGGACACCUUGAUCAUGAAACCACUGAGAGCAAGCAUGAUAGGUGCAUGUCUUCAACAAGUGCUCGGCUCGGGAAAGAAACGACAGCUCGGGAAGGACAUGGCCAAUGGCCCCACUUUUCUUAGAGGGCUGCUUUGUGGUAAGAAAAUAUUGGUUGUUGAUGACAAUAGGGUAAACCGACGAGUUGCUGCGGGCGCUUUGAAGAAAUUCGGUGCUGAUGUUGAGUGUGCUGAGAGCGGCAAAGCUGCACUAGCAUUGCUUCAACUUCCACACAGUUUUGAUGCUUGCUUUAUGGAUAUUCAGAUGCCAGAAAUGGAUGGAUUCGAAGCGACUAGAAGAAUCAGGGAGAUGGAGAGCAAGGAAAACGAGGUACUGGUUAGAGAAUCUGGUGGCAAAGAAGAUGCAAGGAAAGAUGAAUGGCACAUUCCAAUAUUAGCCAUGACAGCGGACGUAUUUCAAGCUACGUACGAAAAGUGCCUGGAGUGUGGGAUGGACGGAUAUGUAUCGAAGCCAUUCCAGGAAGAGAAACUUUAUCAGGCAGUUUCCAAGUUUUUCAAAUCGAAGCCUAUCUCGGAUUCAUGACACACACGCAUCAUGGACAUUUGAAACCGACGCAACUGUGUCGAUUCGGUCCGAGAUGGAAGGCAUUUGUUCCAGGUUGGUUGGUACAUUUUGCAGCAGAUGCUUUCAAAAAAAGACUUGAAGGGGCCACCAUUUUUGACCAAAAUAUUGGGACUGAACUGGCUAUUUUGUACAUUACUCUGCCUUGUAUGUGCUGUGCUGUAGGCCCCUUUGAGUUGUGGCUUUUGGGCUGUGGGGGCUGCAAAGGGUGUAAAUGUCAUUAUGAUUAUUUUUAUGCUUGCUUUAUAAAAAGCAAAAAAGGGAAUGGUAGCUUAAUUUGUAUAAUUAUGUCGAAAAUAGGAAGGAUUUAUAAUUUGGUAGCAUCAUGGAGAGACUUUAAAAGCUACCAUUUGAAUUUAAAAUUUCACAAAUGAUCAUCUUGAAUUUA